AUGACAGAGCGAAUGUAUUCUACGACUGCUGCACACGCUGGCAGAAAUAUUCGAGUCAAUGUUAGUGAUAAUGGUAGCGUCAAUGGUAGUGCUAAUGGCAGUGUCAAUGGUAGUGUCAAUGGUAGUGUUGAUAUCAUACCGGAGACUGGCAGUUACAGUGACGCCGAUUUGGCAAUAGAUGCUGCAGUGUGCGCGGCGUGCUUCACGGCCGGAGUCCUAGCCUUGCACGUCCUGAGAUCGAAGCGGGGCGAGGCAUGUCUGCUGGAUUAUGUGGUCGGUGCCUACUGCCUGGUGUGCAUCACCAGCGUUCCCUUCUACCUUCCCGUUGUCUCCGCCAAGCAUUAUCUCAAUAUUACCAGUGUGCCUCAAGCGUCGAUCCCGUUCCGUGCCAAUCUUGCCAUCAUGACGGUGAUAAACCUGGUCCAGUUUGUGUGUGUAAUCUUCAUUGCCACUAUACGGUUCGUCUCCCUGGUCAAGCCGCUGUACUACAACCGAAAGGUUGCGUUCAGCAAUCGCCUGCUCAGGUUGUUCGUCAUCAUAAACACCGUCGGCGCACUGUGUAUACUCGUGGGACUGUUCGCCGGCGGUGGGAGUCGGCUGCGUUUCUAUGCCGACUACUGCCAGCUGGACUUCAGGGAUGACGCAAUAUCGGGAGUCAGUGGGUACGGCAUCGCACUUCUGGUUCUGUUCUGGGCGUACCUGGUCAUAAUCCAAGUGAUCGUGAUGUACAAGUUCUACCAAAGCCGGAAGAGCCGCCAAGGGACUCUGGCCGUUUGGGACGCAACUGUUCUUCAGGAGCACAAAUCUGAGAAGCGGAAACGGCGGCAAUCUCGAGCCACUAAUAACGCAGCGCCCGUACAGGUUGCCUUGGGUGAGAUGGACGUUGAGCGGUGGCCAGAGCCAAGACAGGGGUUGAAGCACAGCAGCACACGCUCGAUGGACGCAUUCAGCACUCCACUCCUCCCAUCAUCCAGACUGUCCUCCGAUUCCUCCUGGGGCUCCCUACCCGCGCUCUUCGACGUUGUGACCGAGUCGGUCCGGACAGGACCGGAGGAACUGUACGCGAGUCAUAGCGACUCCGAGCUGUUCUCCGCCACGGUAUCACAGUUUAGGAUUGAUUGCGAGCAGAACGUCUCGAAGCCCACACCCAGAACAAUAGUCGGUGUCCAGUAUUUUGGACAGGUUGAGGAGCAGAGGCAUGUAGCCGUGAAGUCGCGAUCCGCAAGCCACGCGCCCGUCUCAAGGGCAGCCUCCAUUCUGCCAGCAAGACCGCCGCGCACGCCCAUGAGCUUGGAUCGGCUACGCCUGUUACGUCACAGCUUCGUUCUGGCUCCGGUCACUAAGCUUGCUGUGUUGACGCUGUUCAUCAACUUAGCUGCGCAGAUGCUGUUCAUGGUGUUCAUUUCAACAGAAGUCACCGCAGGCAACGCGCCGCCGCAUCUCUUCAUCUGGUCGAUCCGCGUCUACCUGCUGACCCUGAUCGCCGACACGUUCUUCUACGUUCUGGCGCGGAAAACCUUCCAGCGAGACAUUCGCAGACUGUCGAGCAGUGCGUCCAAGUCGGUUCAGUCUUGUGUCUCAAGACAUUCCUCAGAUGAUGCGUUCUAUUGAGCACCACUCACUACACGGACGGCGUAGCACGUCCUUGACAUUCGCAACUGCCAUGCCCAUUUGUUUUCUCUGUUUUCCUUUGAUAUAAUAUUUUUCCAACAUCCACCACACCGUAGCUGCGCUCUCCAGUCGACCUCGACAUGUGUCCACAGCACACUACCAGCAGAGUGAUACAUUCGUUGGAACUGAAUUCUUUCUUCGGGAACGGACACGAUAAUGUACUUUUUUUCUUUUUUUUAAACCUUUCACUUGUGAUUUUUCCUCCUCUCCUCCCCAUUACUGUUAUUAUUACAUUUGCCAUGUCGCUCACAUUUAUAAAAGGAGGCGCCAUCGCCUGUUUGUGUUGCGACUUUAAAUAAAAUUCAACAACAACAACAACUGCACUUUUGCUCGCAAAUUUAAACAAGCUCUACAUCCUCCUCAUCUUAACGUGUACAACUGGUUCCGAACCACAGAUGGCUCCCAGACAAGAUGCUCUGUUGCCCUCUCCUUGGCUAAAACGUCCUCCCUUGUACACUCUCCACUCUUUGUUGCCUACUCUGCUUGGCUUGCGCUGCCCGCUACUACGCGCAAUGCCAGUAACCUGGACGCAUUUAAAUCUGCUCACUUGAUUCACCAUCACCUGUCCCUCCCAUGCUUCUCCGUCUUGACCAUUACUUUUCUUCUUUAAAUACUUUAUUCACCAUGGUUGGUUAACACCCACAUCUCCCGUACCGUACUGGCUGAUCUUCUUUUCAUGCUAU